AUGGAGGAUGGUGAGAAGCCUCUUCUAUCCCACAUGUGCGAUGGCAAUGGCCAACUCAAUCCACAAAAUUGCCUGACACCCCCUAGUGAGUCUUCUUCGAAUUCAUCCCUUUCCAAAUAUGAAGGUGAGAUUGGUCCCAUCAAUGGUACCGGUGACUUCUCUAAAGAGUUCUUCAUCGAAGCCAGGAAGCUCUGGUACUUGGCUGGUCCAUCCAUCUUCACUUCGGUUUGCCAGUAUGGAAUCGGGGCUCUCACUCAAAUCUUUGCUGGCCAGCUGGGGACCAUUCAACUAGCUGCCAUUUCUGUGGAAAACUCUGUCAUUGCUGCAUUUGGUUAUGGCAUACUGAUGGGAAUGGGAAGUGCACUAGAGACACUUUGCGAACAAGCAUAUGGAGCUAACAGACAUAACAUGCUAGGUAUUUACAUGCAAAGAUCUUGGGUUAUCCUCAAUACCUUGGCACUUUGGAUACUUCCUCUCUUUAUAUUUGCCACCCCAAUUCUGAAAUUAUUCUGCCAGAAUGCAUCAAUAGCUAAGGAAGCAGGAAAAUUUGCCUUAUGGAUGAUCCCACAACAGUUUUUUGCAUAUGCAAUAACAAUUCCCCUAGCAAAGUUUCUGCAAGCACAAAGUAAAGUCAUGGAAAUGGCUGUGAUAUCUGCAAUUGCUGUUUGUCUGCAUGCCUUUCUGGGCUGGCUUGUUAUGAUGAAGCUGCGAUUGGGACUUCUGGGUGCGGCCUUGAUGCUUAAUGCAUCAUGGUGGUUCAUAACGAUAGGCCAGUUCUUGUAUGUCAUGUCUGGGAACUGUGGUCGAUCUUGGUCUGGAUUCUCCCGGAAAGCCCUAAGAAAUCUCUCAGGAUUUGUCAAGUUGUCAAUUUCAUCAGCUGUAAUGCUUAGCUUGGAGAUAUGGUAUAUUAUGGCGUAGCUGACACUUGUUGCUGGACAUCUAAAGAAUGCUGAAGUUUCCGUAGAUGCUUUGUCUAUAUGCUUGGAGGCAUAUGCUGCUGAAGAGAGACUAAAACUGUGGGGAGGGGAAACGGAGGCUCAAAUUGAUGAAGUAAAAUGA